AUGGACAUGCAAACAAUGUACGCGUCCAUGGAUGUCUCCCAUCUUUCGGUCGAUGAGGUAGAAUAUGAGUUAUUGAUUAGGAACAUUUUGUUCCACUUCGAUGAUCAUGAAAGUAUCAAGAGAAGAAAACUCAGGGACAAAUUGAAAACUAAGGGAGCAGACAAGUUCAGAAAUGAAAUAGUUAAAGUGGGACGUCAAGCGACGGAACUGUUCGGGCGAUUUUUCCCCGAAGUGAAUGAAGCUGGCGCCCAUUCAGAAGAUUCCGAACGGCUAGAAACAGACUUGAAUAAUGUGCUAGAAGAAGUUAGAAGUGAAAUAGAAGUUCUGAACGAAACAACCGCGUCAGGAAAAGAGAUAGAGGAAGAGUUAGAACAGGCAGCAGCGACGAGCCAGGUAUUAGAGUUGAAGAAGAAGGAAAUGAAUGAUUCCCUUAAGCGGGCAGAAGAUAUUUUGAAAGUGUUGUCAGAGUAUGAGGAAGGAAAGAAAGAAAAUCCGAUGGAGCUCAUCGCGAUUUUCAAAACGUUUGUGCGACAAACCACCGAGCAACAAAGGCAGAUGAGAGAAAAACAAAUCGUAGAAGAGGAAAGAAAAAUGAAGGAAGCAAAAGAUAGCAUGGAACGGAAAAAGAGAUUAGAAAAAGUGCUGAUCAGUUUGAAUGAUCGUCUCAAAAAAGAGCCAGAUGGUUCUGAUGAGAAAAGCCCAACGAAAAGUAUAGAGCAGGAGAAACCAAAAGUUCAGUUAGAGGAUAGAAAGCAGGGGGAGAAAAUGAUUAGUUUCAAACACGAUUCAGAUGAUUGCGGACAGGACAGUUCCGAUGAGAGUAGAGAGAAGUCGAAACAUAGGAAAGAGCGGAAAUCAAUCAAGAAGGGAAAUAGCUCGUCGAAACGAGGAAAGAAGAAGCGACAUCGUAAACCGAGCUACUCGUCGACUUCUAGCACAACGUCCGUAACAGAAAGCUCCGAGUUUUCUAGUUCGCGAAGUAGUUCAGGUUCAGAAUUAGCCGAGGUUCUCACCGAUCAGAAUGCGUGGUAUGCCGAUCUAUUUAAAAAGGUGGAAAGUUCACCAGAAGCUUUUUUAGACUACAAAAUCGAGAACCAGCAAUUGCUUAAAUUAGUUCCGAAUAAAACCGAAGUUCUCGAUUAUCGGCAUGAAUGGAAGCUGUGUAUUCCUGAGAGCGAUCGAGAGCGUAUUCUCCAGCAGGAGCACGAUGAGUCGUUGCAUAUCGGCUACGACAAGCUGCUCGAUAAACUGCGGUCGCGAUACUUCUGGCCCAAAAUGGCAGAGUGUGCAAAAAAGCGAAUCCUGUUGAGCGAUUGA